GUGGGAGAUGAGAGAGACACGUAGAGAGACAGAGAGAGUGUACCCGAGAGAGACUAGCAUCACCCUGUAGGACUGGGAGAACACACUUACAUUCCCAAGGAACACAGGGAUUGGUCCGACAGCAUGGCCCAUGGUGAAGAGGACCUGAUUGGCAUUCCCUUUCCGAACCACAGCACGGAUGUGUUGUGCAGUCUGAACGAGCAGCGUCGUGACGGCCUGCUCUGUGACGUCAUCCUGGUGGUUAAGGACCAGGAGUACCGCACACACCGCUCUGUUCUGGCCGCGUGCAGCCAGUACUUCAAGAAGCUCUUCACGGUCGCCAGCGGCGACGGUGACGCCAGCCAGCAUGGCAUCUACGAGCUGGACUUUGUGGCCCCGGAGUCGCUGACAGCCAUCUUGGAGUUCGCGUACACGUCCACGCUGACAGUGACGCCGUCCAACGUGAAGGAGAUCCUGGGAGCAGCGCGUCUCCUGGAGAUCCCCUGCAUCAUCAACGUGUGCCUCGAGAUCAUGGACUCGGGGGGAGGCGGGGGCGGAGUCACCGAGGGAGGAGAAGGGGAGGGGGACGAGGAGGAGUCUGGCGAGGAGGACGAAGACGAGUACGAGGAGGAAGAGGAAGAGGACGAGAUGGCGGAGGAGGAGUCAAAGGACGGCGAGGGCAAGGAUGGUGAAGGAGACGACGUCAGCGAGAGGUCGGCACGGGCAGACACUGCCAGAGAGAGAGGAGCAGGCAGCCCGCCGUGCAGCUCCCAGCAGGGAGCGCACAUGGACCGGAACCACAGGCCGGACUCUCAGAGAUGCCAAUCUGACACACCGGACGCCCUGCAAGGGGACAAACCCAGAGAGCAGGAGGGCCCGGAAGCCCGGGCGCUGAAAGAUUUCUCCAUCGAGUCCCUGCUCCAGGAAGGACUGUAUCCAAAGUUGCCCGGGUUGGAAAGAGGGGCUGGUUUCUCCUCUCUGCUCCCUGGAUUCUAUCCCCCGAUGUGGGCUGCAGAGCUUCCGGGAUACCCCCAGCUACUGGAGCCCCAUCGCCCGCCCCACCAAUAUCCCAGCGCCCCCCUGGAAAGCGGGCCAUUAGACCUUGCCAUCAAGAAGGAGGUGAUCAAAGAGGAGCUAAAAGAUGACCUCCCCGGUGCUCUGCUGCACAGAGACUUCCUGAAGGACUUCAUGAGCCCCAGGGUGGGCGUGAGCCCCGACCCCCCGUUCGGCCAGCUCAAGGACGAAGCAGACCUGCGCAAUUACCUGAGCUUCCUCUCUGCGUCCCACCUGGGGGCGCUGUUCCCCCCAUGGCAACUGGAAGAGGAGAGGAAGCUGAAGCCCAAGGCAUCUCAGCAGUGUCCCAUCUGCAACAAGGUUAUCCAGGGCGCGGGCAAACUCCCGCGCCACAUGCGCACGCACACGGGGGAGAAGCCCUACAUGUGCACCAUCUGCGAGGUCCGCUUCACCAGGCAAGACAAGCUGAAGAUUCACAUGCGGAAGCACACAGGCGAGCGGCCUUACAUUUGCCUACACUGCAACUCCAAAUUUGUGCACAACUAUGACCUGAAGAACCACCUGCGUAUCCACACAGGCGUGCGCCCCUACCAGUGCGAGCACUGCUACAAGAGCUUCACCCGCUCCGACCAUUUACACCGGCACAUCAAGCGGCAAAGCUGCCGCGUCUCUCGCCCGCGACGGGGUCGCAAGCCCGCCGCAUGGCGCGCCUCCAGCUUCCUUUACCCUCCGGAGCCCCACCCGCUCCAGGGGGACAGGACCCUGCGGCUGCCCGCCCACCGAGAGCCUGUGCCAGGGCAUCUGGCGGAGGGGCGCCCCCCGGCCAGGAGAGGGCUGGAGGACUUGGACAGGAGUAGCAGGGAGGGUCUGACAGACAGGAAGCUCAUCUCGGAGGAGGCAGAGAGGAAGAGGGGGGUGUUUGCAUUCGCACUGGCGAGGGAGGACAUUCUACCGCACCCUCCUUUCUACCCUGCAACCGCUGACCCCUGGACUGUGAGGCUGGAACGCACUCAGCCAAUCCCAGAGGCAGCUAACUAAGCCCACAGAAUGUUCUGGCAUGCACAAACUCUUGUAACACCCAGUUUGGUUUUCUGAGACUGAGAAUAAUGCAGUUUCAAAUCCAGAGAUUCACCUGCAAUGAUUCUGGGAGAAAAUUCUUGUGAGAUUUUCUUAAACAGACUCUGCCAAUUAUAUCCACAAUUACUGAUUUUAAUAGAUAUCUUUUGAUUUUUAAUUGUCAGCUUCCUAAUGUGAUGACAGGGAUUUUAAACAGAUAAAAAAAAAAAGAGUUAAUAUCUUGGAUGUGUAUUUGUAUUUGUAUUUAUGAUUCUUAUGGUUGUUUUAUGCUUCUGUGUUUGCUAGCAAGGGUAAAUUAAUGUGGGACACCAAUCUGCCCACAGACUGUUAUGUGCAAUCCUUUGAUUCCAUUCCAGAUGUCCACAGAUAAGUCAGGUAUCUAAGCAAAGAAAUGCACCUUCCACAAGCUCUGUGGGAAAUAAGCUGCAGGCAGAGAUGCUGACAUCACGCUAUCUGACAAACUAUUUUAUUCUGUUCCAUCUACAAUUAAACCUACUCUGUGUACUACUCCACUAUGCAAAAAGUAAAGGCUUUUAAUAUACAUUGUCAAAAUACUCACAAAAACAUCCCAGAGAUUUAAAAAAUUAAAUGAAUGAUUUUUGAAUGAAAGAAAAUGUUUGCAAAUAUUAUAAUAAUUAUGUGAA